AUGCGACAGGAGGAGCUCCAGCCGGGGGGAGCAGCGCCGCCCCAUCCCGUCUGUUGCCGUCUGUUACCACCCGGCGCUGCCACGGCUCAAGAUGUGCUGGCUCCGGGCGAGCAGCCGGCUGCCGACACCACCUGCCCGUCGUGCCCCGGGGCCGUGCGGGCACAGCCCGUGCUGGGGCCCCGCCGCCUGCCCGCGGUGGAGCCGGGUGAGGCCGGCCCGGGCCCGCCGGGCUUGGCGGAGCGGCCGCGGUGCCCCAGCACGGAGAGCUCCUGGUGCUGUUGGAGCCCUGCAGCGCCGGGCCCAGCACCGCCGGCACCGAGACCGCCCGGGAGCUCCGAGUAUGGGGCGGCCGCAGGGCUGGGUGUCUUCGCUGCCCGGGGUGGGGUGGCCGAGGGGCACAGAUCGGGCUCGGCCACAGAGACGCUCCAGAGCAACCUGCUUUUUCUACAAAAACAGAAGGAAAAUUUGAAGCUCAAAAAAGACCCAAAAAGUGAUGAUCUGCUGGUGACGGUGAUGUCGGAGUUGCAGCGGGUGCCCGAGACCUUUGAGGAGCUGCAGCAGUUCCUGAAGGAGCAGGAGGAGAUCCUGCUGGCCCAGCUCAAGCAGGUGUCCCAGGAGCUUGACAAGAAGAGGUACAAAUACAACUCCAAGGUUUGGGAGAGGGAGUCGCUGCUGGACACGGUGAUUGUGUGGAUCGAGGAGAAGCAGGACCAGCUGGUGGUCGAGUUCCUCAUGGAUGUUGGCAAAAUCCUGAGCAGCUGUGAGGCAGCCCCAGUCCCAGAGCUGGUUUCCCUGGAGCUGCAGAGGAGCGUUGAGAGUGUCUCUGAGAUGAGCCAGCUGGUUGUGGACAUGGUGGUCAAAUUCAAAGUGAACCUGCAGAGCGAGAUAGACAAGGAAAGGGUGACACUGGACCCAGAGAUGGCAGGCCCUCACCUGAGCCUCUCGCAGGACCACAAAACCAUCCGGUUCAGAGAUGGAGAACAAAACCUCCCUGACAUCUCCAAGAGCUUCAUGGGCAGCCCCAGAGUCCUGGGCUCUCAGGGGUUCAUGUCUGGUAUGGAGGUUGGGAAACAGAACGGCUGGGCCCUGGGGGUGGUCCUGGAGUCAGUGCUGAGAAAGGAGUCGUACAUCAUGCCCAGAUCAGAGAAGAUCUGGGCCCUGAAACUGGACUGGGACGGCCAGUACAAAAUAAGACAGCAUGCUCCUGACCUGCACAGGGAAGAGCUCCAGAGAAUCAGGAUCCACCUGGAUUACAAAGCGGGCCGAGUGACCUUCUGCAACACAGAGAACAUGACGUGGAUCUUGGAGUUUGAGGCCACCUUCACUGAGAAAGUCUUCCCGUAUUUUUGUCUCUAUUCAGCAGAAACCCAGAUCUGGCUGUGUGACUGA